AUGGAAUUUCCGGUGGAUUCGUGGUGUUAUUUGCUAUUCUACAUCAACUUCCAAAAGUUAGACGGUAACUUGAAAAAACACUUUGAAGACAAGCACGCCGAUAAAGAAUUACCCACAUUCGCGGACCUCAUUAAGUUUUUGGAAACUGAAAUACGGAUUUUGGAAUCCAGUGCGGAACCACAGGCCAGUACGUCGGCGGGAAGGCGUAUUGGUGGUGGGCAGAGCCAGGCGGUAAAGGCUCAUGCGGCAUUUCAAGGUGCGGGUUCGGCGUCGGCGUCGUCGUGUCGGUUAUGCGGAAAAAGCGGACACUUUAUUGCGAAGUGUGAGAAAUUCCUGGAGAUGAAGCCUGCAGCUAGGAAGCGUCAGGUCGUUUCACUUAGAUUGUGCUUCAAGUGUUUGAACGGUCACAACAUUGAUAAAUGCACUUAUAACAAGAAUUGUUACAAGUGUAAUUCGGCUAAACACCAUUAUUUAUUGCAUUUUGAUAUUCCGGCAAGUGGUUCAGAUCGUGAACAACGUUUGACGUCAAACGUGGCUACAAAUGGGAAAUCUCACAAUGCUGCCUCGUCCUCUUCAAGUGUUCCUGUUGUCAGUGCGCCCUUAACCAGCGGCAAUCCAGAAGGUGCGGUUCCUGGAGUCUCUGGAUUGAUGGCAUCACAGGCAAAGAAACCAAAGGUGUUACUUGCGACGGCAAUAAUAAGAGUUCUGGAUAGCAGCGGACGCUACCAGGAGGCGCGGGCCUUACUGGACGGAGGGAGCGAGAGCACAUUCAUAUCGGAGUCUUGUGUGCAGAGGUUAGGCUUAGAGCGGUUUAAGCCUGACGACCCAAUCACAGGACUGGGCUGUACUCCUAUAACCGGUUGUAGGGGAGCAGUUAAUCUGACCAUGACACCUAGGCUGACGGAUCAGCCAGUGCUGGUGACCACGGCUAAUGUCUUAAAUAAAAUCAGUUAUAACCUGCCUGGAUAUUCGUUGCCGGCUCAGUUGGCGGAUAAUUAUCGGGGACUGGAUCUUGCGGAUGAACAGUUCUUUGUGAGUCGAGAGAUUGAUAUUUUAUUAGGUGAGGAUUUACUUUGUGACAUUGUACUCAGCGGACGCAUCAAAAUCCAUGAUAACAUUCCACGGGUGACAAAAACGGUGUUCGGACACGUUUUGUCAGGUCCUGUCAAUAUUGGAGUUUCCCUUCGAGUUCCUUGUGCGUCUCAGGCCUUUUUCUGUAGCACAAGCACAGAUCGGAUCUUAGAACGGUUCUGGGAGGUUGAAGACAUCCCGUUUAAGGCGGAAAACCCUAAAGAUCUUGAAUGCGAGACCAUUUUUAGAGAUACCCAUUCACGGACUGAAGAGGGUAGAUACUCAGCACGGUUGCCUUUUAUAUCGGACGCCCCUGAACUCGGUAACACUGUACCCAUAGCUAUGAAGCGGUUUUUAGCCAUGGAGAGGCGGCUCCUUGCAAAAGGCAACGAGGUCUUCAGGGAGAAAUACACGGAGUUUAUGCGGGAGUACGCCGAAACAGGACACAUGUCACUGUGUGAAGGGGAACCAAACGACUACGCCAGUGGUGCCAACAGAUACUUGGAUGAUGUGCGGAAAUAUUUGGCUUCUGAGGAAGCACAACAAGGGCUUAGCGACGGCGCGGCCAAACAGUCUAUAACGUGGCGGUUUAAUUCGCCAGCGGCGCCACAUUUCGGUGGUCUUUUUGAGGCGACCGUAAAGUCGGCUAAGACACUAUUGCGGCGCGUCAUAGGUGAACAGGUUUUAACGUUUGACGAAUUGGUAACGGUAUUUACCAGGGUGGAGGCAGUCCUUAAUUGUCGUCCUCUAUGCCCAUUGACCCAAGAUCCUAAUGAAUUGGAGGUUUUGACGCCUGCUCAUCUACUUAUUGGAAGACCUUUGCUUUCGGUUCCGGAGUACAAUUUCGAGGACAUUCCGAACUCACGGUUGAAUCGGUUUAACUUAAUACAAGCUAUGUCUCAACGGUUGUGGAGAAAAUGGAGUGAACAAUACCUCCAUUCUCUUCAAAUGCGUAGAAAAUGGACAUCUCCAACUGAUCCGCCUCAGCUGGGUGAUCUUGUCCUGAUAAAGGAGGAGAAUUUACCUCCUCUAAAAUGGAAGUUAGGAAGGAUAGAAGAACUGCUACCCGGCAAAGACGGUGUUGUUAGGGUAGUACGUCUCAAAACUUCUACAGGUAGCCUCACGCGGCCUGUUGUUAAAAUUUGUAGGCUUCCUUUGGACGACUAA